CCGCGGCGUGGUGGGGGCGCGCGGCAGACGGUCUCGAUUCUGAGGCGGCCAAGAGACUUGCUCGGUGCCUGGUCCCGCUUGACAGACGCUGUCGAAGAUCGGCAGUACGGAACACGCGGCCGGGGGAUCCCACCAAGCCUCAGCUCGUCAGGACGCCGCCGUGGACAUGCAUAACAACAACAGCCAGUGCCUGAAGACGCGCAGCAUGUCGGGAGGCCAGCUGCUCGGCGCCGGUCUCGACAGUGUCGACCGAAAGAAGCCGGAGGUGGGCGGCAGCGGCGCGAACACGUCGCCGGCCCAGUCGUGCGCUGGCUGCGGCACGGCCAUCACCGACCGCUACCUGCUCAAGGCGGUCAACAAGUUCUGGCACGAGGACUGCCUCAAGUGCGGCGCCUGCGACUGCCGGCUCGGCGAGGUUGGCUCCACGCUCUACGAGAAGGCCAAUCUGAUCCUCUGUCGGCGCGACUAUCUCAGGCUGUUCGGCUCCACCGGCCACUGCGCCGCCUGCAGCAAGCUGAUCCCCGCCUUCGAGAUGGUGAUGCGCGCCAGAGACCACGUCUACCACCUCGAGUGCUUCGCCUGUCAGCAGUGCAACCACCGGUUUUGCGUGGGCGACCGGUUCUACCUGUGCGAAGGCAAGAUCCUGUGCGAGUACGACUACGAGGAGCGACGCGUGUUCGCCUCCCUUCCCUAUACGCCCGGGAGCUUGGACCACAUCAAACGGCAAGUUAACAAUCUGCAGCCAGACGGCCAGCCGGGGCAGCCCCAGCAGCAGCAGCAGCAACAGCAGCAACAGCAGCAGCAGCAGCAGCGGCGGCGUGCCGCCAAUCGUCCGCUGUCCGCGGCCCUGCACAGUCCCCUGACCGCGCGGCCCGCCGGCGACGACGCCUCCUCCGGCUACGGCAGUCCCGACUCGGUUACCAUGGAGACGCGCUGACCCCGGCCGGCGCUGAGUGGCGCCGCCGGCCGCCCGCGC